AUGGUGAAACGCACGACGCACCGCGUGGCACACUGGAGCAUGCUGUCUAACGCGUAUGGCGAUGGCACAAUACCAAAAAGCUUCAACACGGGCAGCAACAACGAGGGCAGCCCCAACACGGGCAGCCCCAACACGGGCAGUCCCAGCACGGGUAGCCCCAACAAGGAAAGCCCUGGCAAGGGAAGCACCAGCACGGAUAUCCCCGGCACGGGCAGCCCCAGCAAGGGCAGCCCUAAAAAGGACCGCACGGGCAGCCCCAGCAUGGAUAUUCCCGGCACGGGCAGGGGCAGCCUCAACGAGGCCCUUACCACGCAGGUGGCGACGGAGGUGGCGGUGGGAGCGCUGCGGCUGACCUUCAGCAAGCAGGCCAUGCGGAGCGGCGUGACUGUGUGGUGGCAGGGGCGUGGGAGCUUGAGCUCUGGAGGCUCCAGCAACGGGGGCUCCAGCUACGGGUAUUCGAGCCACGUGGAUUCGGGUAGCAAAGCGGGGGGUGUCUCGUGCGCGCAGGUCAAGUUUUUUGGGAAGGCCGGCUGCCAGGGCAAGGAGGUGGAUAGCAUGGUCAACACUGCCACUGCAGCCAAGUCCCCAAGCACAAAGAAGAAGCUCCGAAGUUGGGCUUCCGUAGCUUCUGUUCUCUGCGCUGUUCCUGAGCAGCAGAAGGAAGACACGCCACAGCAGCCGCAUCAGACAGGAGUUACGCCGUAG